AUGGAAACCAGAACCGACCGGUUUGUUCAAAAUCACCCACCGACACCGGCAGUAAUCGCUCCGACGCCGGUUCCUCCGCCUUCAACGCGGCGGCCAAGAGUAAGAGAAGUCAGCUCCAGAUUCAUGUCUCCGGUUUCAUCUUCUUCUUCCUCUUCUUCCUCCUCGGGAGAUUCUCCCAGACAUCUUCACCAGAAGUCUAGACGGCAGUUAAAGUUACCAGACGGAGGUGAGAACAGAUCUUCCGAGACCGCGCGUAGCCUAGACUCGCCGUUUCCUCAAAACCAGAAGCAGAAUCGAUCCAAGCCGUUGAAAGAGAACGGGCACCGUCUCGACACUCCCACGACGACUAUGAUGUUACCUCCUCCGUCAAGAUCUCGGUUGAAUCAGCAGCGUUUGCUUAACUCUUCAGCCGCGGCUAGGCUUCUCCGAUUAUCUGUAUCCACCGACGGUGAAGAAGAUGACAAAUCCAACGGCUCAAAGCUCUUCAACACUCCCGCCUCCUCACCUCUUCGCCGAUCCCUGAGUUCAUCUUGCGACGAUGUUAGAGCUUCGUUGUCGGUUAAAGGUUCGUCGUUGCCUCCGGUGGCGCCUAACUCGAAGAGUCAAGCAGAUACAAAGAGACAGAAGAGAGUUUUAGGACAACAAGCGGGUGCACACUGUCUGAAACUGCUUCAUAACCGUUACCUGCAAUGGAGAUUCGCAAAUGCAAGUGCUCAGGUCAAAGCUCAAGCUCAGAAAGCUCAAGCCGAGAAGAUGUUUUAUUCCAUUGGUUUGAAAAUGUCAGAGAUCUCAGUCUCUGUACAGAAGAAACGCAUAGAACUGCAAAGACUAUUGAGAGUAAAAGCUCUUAAGGAGAUUGUGGAGUCUCAAAUUCCUUAUUUGGAACAAUGGACAACUCUGAUUGAAGAAGAAUACUUAACUUCAGUAUCAGAAACAUCUGAAGCUUUAUUGAAUGCUUCAUUGCGGCUCCCUCUUGACACUGAUAUCAAAGUUGAUUAUAAAGAGUUAGCAGAAACACUUGAUGUUGCCUCGAAGUCUAUGGAAGGCAUUGUGCAAAACAUUGUAAAUUUUGUGCCUAAGACACAAGAGAUGGAGACGUUGAUGUCGGAACUAGCUAGAGUAAGCAGUAGUGAAAAGGCAUCAGUAGAAGACUGUGGAGUUUCACUGCUUAAGACACAUUCAUCACAUAUUGAAGAAUGCUAUCUUAGAAGUCAGCUUAUUCAGCACCAUCACCAGGAGUGUGAACUGCAACACAGCAAAUAUGUUGUUUGAUGAUACCAUACGGUCAAGCACUGGUUUAGAAGCGAGCCACAUACUAAGCAUACUCUCUAGUAUGCAACACCCAAGUUUUGAAGCUGAAGCUAUUCGGUUUAGUUUCAAACCAAUAAGCUUUGUAUAGUUCUGCAAAGGGUAAAAUUCGACCAAUUAUUUACAUGUAGAACAAUGUUGUAUAACGUAUAUAUCAUAUAUGUUAGUGUUACUAUAUUAUUUCAA